GCUCUGACUGCAACAUGACAGCUUUAAUGUAAUGUUUAAAGAAGCCCAUGGAAGACAAUAAAGCAGGCCACUGAAGCUGGUGAAAGUACAUCUAUACGUGGAUACAAUGACAGGAGGGUCCAAUAGUUCUGAUAUAGUCUGCGAUGUGAACGGAGACCUGCACCCAUUUACUUACUUCUAUUACCUGAUAUUCAUGGUUGGAUUUUUUGGAAGCUGCUUUGCAUUGUGGGCCUUCACUAGAAGUGACAGCAGUCAAAAGUGCACAAGCAUUUACCUCAUCAACCUACUCAUAGCAGACUUUUUGCUCACGCUUGCCUUGCCAUUUAAGAUUGUUGUAGACCUUGGCCUUGCGACAUGGAAUCUGAAAAUAUUUCACUGCCAGGUCACAGCAGUUAUCAUAUACAUCAACAUGUACCUAUCCAUUAUUUUCCUGGGCUUUGUAAGUAUGGACCGAUGCCUACAAACAAUCAACAGUUCCAAACUGUAUCGAGUGCAAAAGAGGGGGUUCGCCAAGAUGAUAUCUGCAGUUGUUUGGACAUUGAUACUUUUUAUAAUGAUGCCAAAUAUGCUGAUACCUAUUAAAGACAUUCCAGAAAGGGAUAUUGUUGGCUGCAUUGACUUUAAACAAGAAAUUGGAAAGCACUGGCAUGUUCUUUCAAAUUUCAUAAGCCUCGCAAUAUUUUUCAACUUCUCCUGCAUUAUUUUAUUCUCAAAUUUUCUUACCAUAAAACGGCUUUACAGGAACAAGGAUUGUGAUGAAUUUCACAACAUCAAACAAGCUUUGGUACAGAUUCUGCUUGUGACGGCUGGAUACGUGAUCUGUUUUGUCCCCUACCACAUUGUUCGCAUCCCAUACACUUUGAGCCAAAGCAACAUUAUAAUGGACUGUGGCCUGAAGCAAGUACUUUUCCAUGCAAAAGAAUCUACUCUCUUGCUUUCAGUUUCUAACUUGUGUUUUGACCCUAUACUCUACUUUUACUUUUCUAAGACAUUCAGAACCAAAAUCACCAAGACUUUUUCAAUGAAAAAAGAGGUAACAACUGUCAAUUAAGUUAAUAAUCUGCUAUCAUUGUGAAACAUAUUGCAGCAGCCUCUACAACAAGGUUUCUAAACUUGCCACUUUGAGGACCUACUUUAAGUCUAAUGAGUCAGAUUCAUGGCCAAAGAGUUGGUUUAGAAUUAAUUUAACCCUCUUUUAAAUUAUUGAUUGUUGAAGGAAGACGUUUCUCUUUAUUUAUACAGUUAGGUGGACACCCGCCCUGAACAGCUUAGGGGACCCAUUUUUGCAUUGUAACUGUUGUAAAGGGAUACUGACCCCAGAAAUUUUUUCUAUCUAUCAUAACAUUAUUUUUACUGCUAUUCAUAAUUUUGCACUUUAUUUUUACUGCUAUUCAUAAUUUUGCACUUUGUCCACUGUGUGGGGCAUUGUACGAGUCCUAUAGCAUAUAUAACAAAAUAUCAAAAAAUCUUAAUGUAAAAUAUGUUAAGGUUCGAUAACCAUUACCCCAGGUGCAAGUGCAAAAAGAGUGCAAAAUUGUACCCCUUUAAAGCCAAGCAGUUGCCACAAUGGUCUAGGAAUGCAAUGAUGUGCAGGGCGGUCAGUUAUAUGGAAGUCCUGUACUUAAAACCUGUCAUAAAUAGUGCUGUCCUGCAUUAUUUAUACCCUGUCAUACCCUAGCCUGUGCAUCAGAGUGAUAUGCAUGCUAGGAAGUAUCCCAAGGGUCAUCCACAUGCCAAAUGUAGAACAAGUCCAGAGGCACUCGCACACCCUGGCCUUCACCAAAAACGAUCCCCUGGUGUACAGCAAAAUAGAGGAAACAGCAACCUCAGUAUCCAGUAGCAGCAAAUAUUCACCGGCACACAGGUAUUGCAAGCAUGCUUGACAAAGAGGGUAACCCCCGAAACGUUGCAUGCUGCAAUAAAUCUUAAGCAAGGUAUAACCUGCUUGCAUUACCUGUGUGCCAGUGAAUUUUCAUCCACAUGCCACCCACAGCCAACUUUCUCUGCCAAAUGCAGUCAGUGCCAUUUGAAAGUGAUGGGCAGCCCUUUGCCCUCUAUUCAAGUAUGCAAAGUGGUGCACUUCAGGACACAGCCCAUUGCAGAGUCAGGGUAUACAAAGCUGCUAAUUAUGGGUUGUGAAGACGUGGGGCAGCAAGUAGUUGGCGGGUUUGGUAGAUAAUAGGUGGAGUUUCACAAAUGGGUGUUGCCGGGGGUGUAUCAGGAUAUGACCAUGUGUGCACAUUUUAUUUUCACUGUCCCAGGGACCUGGCUAACCCAUGGGCUAAUAACUGGGGCCCCUUGGGGGUACUUGUAAUCUAGGACCCUACAAUUGCUGAUAGUGGUGCUGCCCAUGGGACAACUUACAAAGUGAAAAAACAGAGUGAUUUGCAACCUGGAAAUCCCCAGGAGUUACUGUCAGAGCGACUGAUUUCAAAGCAAAGAUAAGGGGAAAGAGACAAAAAACAUUUAAAGGAAAUGCCAUCCUUUAAAACAAAUGAAUAUACAUUUAUCAGAACUGUUGAAAAAAACCACACAGGACUAUAUACUCAUGUACAUUUAGCUCACAAUUUAAAAAAAAAAAAAAUUAACAUUUUGCCACCUGUUUUAUACAAGAAGUUGAAAGGGAUCCAGCUCAGAAGUAUGUCAGAUGAGUUAUGGCAGGAAUGAUGCAAACUUGACUAUUGUUACUGACUGGCUUGCAGGUCCAUGUACCAUGGAGUAGUGAUGGGCGAAUAAAUUCAUCUGGUGCAAAUUUGUGGCAAGAAAAAAAUUAUGGACACUUGUCCGAAAAGUCGACCAAACUUCGGAUGCCCAUUGAUUUUAUAGCGCCAUUUUUUUCCGUGAACAGGAGAAAUUUCGCUCAUCACUACCAUGGAGCAGACUGACUGCCAGCAAAUGAAAUAAGUCUAAUGGUUUUACACAUACUAUUUGCUGUUUUUAAACUAUAAUAUUCAAUUCCUAUUAAUAUCUCUAAAAGUCUUAAAGGAAAACUUUACCACAAAAUGAAUACUUAAGCAACAUCUUACCCAACUAGGAUAUAGAUAUCAGUAAAUAGUGCCCUUUUAUAUCUCUUGAACCACCAUUUUGUGAUGGUCUGCAAAGGUGUAACUAUAGAGGAAGCUUCCUCUAUAGGGUCUGCUUUCUCAAUAACUAACAAGAAAAAUCAGAGUGUUCCAGGCCCCUCUGAAGAUUUUUUUGCACUGUGUGCUGCGUCAGAGAUCACCUGACCAGAAAUACAACUCUA